AUGGCAGCCCCGGGGCGCUCGCGAGAGCCGUCCGGGCUGGAGACGGGCGAAGCGCAGCGCCGGCGGGGAGGAGGGCGGCGAUCGACGCGCUCGGCAAUCGGCAGGGGGAGCCAGGCCAGCCGCGCUCCCUCCCCCGCUCGGUGGCCUGGCGGCGCGCGCCCCCUGCAGGCCGCGGCGGGGCCGGCAGCCCCUGAGGGGCUGAGCUAUUGCAGAUCACAAGCCUCUGGUAAAGUAAUAAGUGGAGAGGAACAUUUUUCAAGCAAAAAGUGCCUGGCUUGGUUUUAUGAAUAUGCAGGUCCCGAUGAAGUUGUGGGGCCCGAAGGAAUGGAAAAGUUCUGUGAAGAUAUCGGUGUUGAGCCUGAAAAUAUUAUUAUGUUAGUUUUAGCCUGGAAACUAGAGGCUGAAAGCAUGGGAUUUUUUACCAAGGAAGAAUGGUUAAAAGGAAUGACCUCAUUACAGUGUGACUGUACAGAAAAAUUACAGAGUAAAUUUGACUUCUUGCGGUCACAAUUGAAUGACAUUUCAUCCUUUAAGAAUAUCUACAGAUAUGCCUUUGAUUUUGCAAGGGAUAAAGACCAGCGAAGUCUUGAUAUUGAUACUGCAAAAUCCAUGUUAGCUCUUCUGCUUGGAAGAACUUGGCCACUGUUUCCAGUAUUUUAUCAAUACCUGGAGCAAUCGAAGUAUAGAGUUAUGAACAAGGAUCAAUGGUACAAUGUCCUAGAGUUCAGCAGAACUGUCCAUGCAGAUCUUAGCAAUUAUGAUGAAGACGGUGCUUGGCCUGUACUUCUGGAUGAAUUUGUUGAAUGGCAAAAAGUUCGUCAAGCAUCAUAGCAAGAAUUCAAAAGAAAAUGCAAAAGCUUUUUUGGUGCCCGCCUGUACACAAACCAAUGAGAAAAACAAAGGAUUGCAUUUUCAUUCUUAAGAAAGACUUUACAGUAUUUUUUUUUUCCUUUUUUAAGGAAACUUUCUUGCUACACGUGAUAUGGGCAUUGAACCACACCUCUUCUGAGACUGAAAGUUGGAGUUCUUGUUUUGAGUCUUAUGUUUAUAGCAUUUGUUUCAGAACAAUAAAGAUUCAGAUUUGUGACAAAGGCCUAAAAGUGAAGAAUGUCCCUUGAAUGUGAGUGUGGUGUCUAUUUUUAAAACCAAAUCUUUAGGAUUAUCUUUCUCAGAAGUGCCCUUUGCUAUGAAUUUUUGAAGACCUUAAAAAUGCUUAACUGGCACUGUUCCUUGCUGAUAGUAUGAUUGUCUUGCGUGACAAACAUUAGAAAGAAUGACUAAUUUGUGGAGCCCUGGGUGGGAGUGUGCGUAUUAAGUAUUGGUCAUGGGUUGUGCCACAGUUUUCAGCUCCUUGUGGAGAUAAAGGCCUUAAACUCUUGUUUUUUUCUUUUUUGUGCAGUACCCACCCAGUGGCAUGGCAUUUAAUAGCAGGCCCUUUUAAAGCAGAGGGGUGUGGAGCGUAUGACUCUACAUGCAGAAUGGCUGAAAACUAGUUGCCUGUGCUUCAGAUGGUGAACACAGAUACUCUUUGGUACCGUAAGGCAGCUUCAGACUUUUACUACAAUUUAGACUUUGGAUUGCUUUGUAUAAAAAGUGCAAUUUAUAUUUUAAAAGGGAAAGCUGGAAAUGCUUGGUUUCAAGCUUUGCUUCUUAUGUGUUUUAGACUUGAAGCAUUCACAACAUGACUUUUUUUUAUCUCCCUGGAUGCUUUUCAUAAUGUAAGUCAAGAAGAAACUAUUGAAACAUAUACCUUUGACCUGAAUAUAGCAGGCUAUUAAUUUUUACCCUGUUACUCCAUGUAUUGAGUCUAAUAACUACUGUGAUUGCCUUUUUGGGCGCUCAGUAUUCAUGGCAACCUUUAAAUACAGUAGGUUUGUCACUCUACCUUCUGCCCAGGAGGCCCAAUGCAACCCUUGUGAAGGAAAGAGAUUUUAAUGAGUAAAUGUGAGAAACCAAAACAGAAUGAGAGAUGGAACCAUUUGUAAUUUCAUUAUAUAAAUAUAUUAUGUAGUCUGUGAUAAUGCCAUGAGACUCAGUCAGUGAUCAAGGCCUCAUUGUGCCAAAUACUUCAACAGCUUGAAAUAAGACUAGACAAUGUAAGCUAGGCAUGACUUGAAGAUCUUUGCCUCAGGGAAAUGACUUCUGUUUUGCACAUCCCUUAUUCAUACUAACAAGCUGGAGUUUUCCUGUCCUUAAGGAAAGCUUUAUUCCCAAGAUGAAAUUUUUCUUUUACAAGGAGGGGGGCGGUGGGAGAAACAGUGUGAGAAGAGCUAAUGAGAAGUGGGACAAAGUAGUAGUGUGUGCCUAUGUUCUUCUUCUACUAGAGAGGACCAUUCUUGCAAUUUACUCGCCAGACCUGCUUGGUGUGGCUGCAGGAAGCAAUGCAGUGGUGGUCCACAGGCUGUUCUGCAAGUCACCUGAUAGUGCUGAGAUCCUCAAAGUGCAGUUGAAUCUUAGAAGCUUGGUUCUGCCCAAGUGAAGAAAAAAAAAAAAAAGCAUUGGGGGGGUAGGGAGGGGGCAGGGAACCAAACCAAACAACAGCUGAGAUUCUUGGAUGGCGUCUGCUUGUAUGGUGGCUAGUGUCUGUGUGCAUGUAAACACACACACACUACAGCUGUUCUAAAUAUUUUCCCACCUUUUUUAAGGGAAGUACUUAAUUUUAUACCUCACAUGGGCUACAGCAGUUCUCUUCAAUAUAUUUCAAGUUGUCCGUUUGCAUUGCUGAUAAUUCUGAUUUCACUCAUUACAGAGUGCCUUUCAUUUGGAAAUUGCCCUGCCCCAUGGAAAGCUAGUGCCAGAAUGAGAUUAAUGUCAAGAGUCUCAAGAUCUACUGGUAGAGUAAGGUCCUAAGAUGCAUAGAUAAACAUGCACCAAUUAACUGAUGUCAAGGGAAGUACUGCUGUAUAGUAAACCUCUGCAGGGGCACUGAUUCUGAAAUUGCUUUCUAAAAUUCAGUACAAUGAUGCUCCUUGCUUAUUAUGUUUAGGCCCCAUUAUAACUGGGAAAUUCUCAGAAGUUUUGAAAAACCGGUUAGAAGAUGAAUAUUUGAUAGUGUGAUUUAAAAAAAAAAAAAAAUCAUCUUUUUUUAGGUAACUGCGAAUUGUUGUGAAUUGAAUUUAAACCAGUUGGUCCUAGAGGAUGGUAUUAGUCUAACAGUAGGAGUGAUGCAUCUACCAAUCCAAGGUGGUCAAAUACUUACCGUUAAGGUGUAAGACACUAUGUGAUGUAUCAUUUGUAUCUCUGUUAAGGUUUUAUCAGUAUUCCUAUAAUAAAUCCGUGUUUCAGGGAUUUAUAACUUGGUUGUGUGUAUGAUUGAAAAUCAUCAGUUACUGUAAAACUUUGACUGGGAAUGAAUGUAUUUAAACUACUUAAAAUCAAUAUAGUUUUUCAAAUUUGAAUAAAAUAGGAUUUUAAGUUAUGUUUUUGUGCUCAAAACUGCAAUCAGAUUUAUUGUUUAAAUGUGAACUAAUGGCUUGUACAGUUUCAUUGUGAGCUGAUCACUCUAUUAGCUGUCUUUUAUUAAAUCACCUUACAGCUUACUGUGGAUAAGUGCCAAAAGCUGUGUAUUUAUUUUAUUUUUUUUAAUUUUGUGUGUGUCCACAAGCCAAAACUGAGUUCAGCUAAGUGCUUUCUUUAGUCUUUGACCUUUAAUUUUGCUUUGCUCAGGUGCAUUUCAGUCUAUUGAGUUAAAAAAAGUGACAACUUAUUUUUCAGUAUUCUACGAUGAAAGUUCACAGGUGAAAUAUGCUGCCACAGUUAUGAAAAUAAUAAAAUUGAAGGUGAAAUGUCUUCCAAAA